CGUUAGACAUGGACAGCGAGAAGCCAAUUGUUCGCCCUGUCUAAUUAUGGCCCUGCAGCACUGCACUGCACCUCAUCUGACACUGCAAGCCACCACGCACUCUAUUGUCCUUCAGUCUUCAUCAUACUGUCUUCAGACAUUUGUCGGCAGGGCCGUCUUACCAUUCUCAACAACGAAUAGACGCGUUGCCUUGUCGAUUGACCCCUUAAAUCAACCUACACCUUCCUCAGCCCGAGCCUGACCACCAAUUCCCCGAGCGGUACUCCUUCCUCACCCGUCGCGCCGCUGUGCAUGUAACCUCUUCCUAGGCUUUCUGAGAGAGCCUGUCCGCCUUUGCGCCGUCAAACCGCUUUCGACCUUGCCCAAGAGGGCGCAGCGAGGUUGAUUGAAACCCGAAACCACACUGCCGAACUCUCUCCUCGCCUCAUUCUUCACCGGACCUGCGUGUGGUGUGUAUUGCAUGAAGUGUGUCCGUGCGACCAAAGGAGGGCUUGACAACGUUUAAGGAAAAGAUCUGGGUCACUUACGGACGUGCGACCUACGUGUGCACCAGAGCUUCGGCUGCUGGAAGUCAUUCGUGUCGAAUGUUUACUCGGUCGGUGGAGACACAUACAUGCAACACAUAUCGAGGAGUAACAUAAAAUGGCGGCUCCGCUCGAAGAGCUGCCUCAAGGAAAUCCUGGAACAACAAGAUACACAAUAGGCGCGCCGCGACCUCAGAAUGAACCGCCUCAGCGGACAUCAUCCAAUGGAAAUGGUCAAUACAAUGGGUAUGGCCAACAUCAGGCAAUUGGGAAUCCGAAUGAUGCUCAAUAUGACAGCGACGCCAGAUAUUCCACAGAGAGCCGGACCGGCAGAAAGAGAUCUCUCGGCGGACCUGGUGGCAGCGAGAGAAGCAGAUCAAGAACAAAUGGCAGUUCUGGCAAAUCGCCAGGUGCUACGGUGCGCACAUGCAAGAAAUGCGGCGAGCCCUUGACCGGCCAAUUUGUGCGCGCUCUAGGAGGCACGUUUCAUCUCGACUGUUUCAAGUGUGCCGACUGUGGACAGAUUGUCGCUUCGAAAUUCUUUCCUGUUGACGCGGAGGAUGGAUCUGGACAGUUUCCUCUCUGUGAGACAGACUACUUCCGACGUCUGGACCUUCUUUGCUUCGAAUGCGGCGGCGCUCUCCGGGGUUCCUACAUCACAGCGCUUGACCGCAAAUAUCACAUCGAACAUUUCACCUGUUCUGUAUGUCCGACAGUAUUUGGCGCCCAGGAUAGCUACUACGAGCAUGAUGGAAAAGUCUACUGUCACUUUCAUUAUUCCACACAAUUCGCGCAGCGUUGCAAUGGUUGUCAGACUGCCAUUCUCAAGCAGUUUGUUGAAAUCUUCCGCAAUGGACAAAACCAACAUUGGCACCCCGAGUGCUACAUGAUUCACAAGUUUUGGAAUGUGCGACUGGCACAGAAUGGAGCAAUUUCGGAGAGAAAAGACAUAAAUGCACCAGUCACAGACGAUGAGCGGGAGCAAGUCAAAGAAGACGAAGAAAAGAUGGAAGACAAAGUCUACCGAAUCUGGAGCACCCUGUCUACAUUUGAAGAGUCUUCCGCCUCCUGCAUCUCCGACAUGCUUCUGCAUGUCAGCAAUGGUGUCUAUGUUGACGGAGUCAUCGUUGCACGAAAAUUCAUUUGGCACGUUGAUAUUCUUUUUGGGGCAAUUGAUACUCUUGCGUCUCUUGUUGUUGCAGCUGGACUGAAAGAACUAGCUUAUGGCCGAGAGGCCAAGCUGCUUUGCAAGAAAGUUGUGGCAUUCUUCACCCUCCUUUCAAAAACUCAGGAGACUGGCGUGCGCAAGCUCGGAGUCACCCAGGAGCUCUUAUCUCUCGUCACAGGCUUGGCCCACUACUUGAAGCUCCUCAUUCGCAUCGGUCUCCAAGGAGCUCUGAAACUAGAGAGAGAGCGCCGUUCUCCGGAAGGUCUACAUGCUUUUCUGGACGAACUAUCGGACCUUGAAACAAUCAAAGAGCAGGAACUGAAGUCGCUUGAUCUGGCAGAGAGCGUGGCAGGAUUAGCAAAUCAGGAGUCAGACUGCUGCUCGGCCUGUAUGGAACCUAUUGAUGACGAAUGUGUUAUGAUCUACGGCCGCCGCUGGCAUGCAAAGCCAUCACACCUUACCUGCAGCGUCUGUCAGCGCGACUUGACAACAGAUCUUGCGCUCGCUGUUUACAGCGAGAAAGAGGACAAAGCUUAUUGCGUCGAGCAUUCACGAAGAUUACAGGAUCCUGUCUCGGGCUUCUCCUAUGUCACCAAGCUCCAACAGUAUGUUUUCCUUCUUCGCGUUGCUCUAGCACGACUGCUGGAGGUCCUCAAGUCUGGUGGAACCUUGCCGCACACUUCGGACGACCCCAAUCUAACCCCUUACAACACCACUGAAGGCCACCGUGUUUCGCCAACUGGUGAAAAGGUCACUUCUCGGCAAAUGAUGGGCUCGAGAUCGAGGUCUUAUGCAGGCGCCUCAAGUCAACAGCAAGAGUCGUCUUUGGAGCAAACAGUCGGCGAAAUGAAACGGCUUAGGUCCACCCGGAAUGAACGAACUCUUUCUACGACCUUCCGAAAAGCUCGUGAAUCGAAAGUCCUCUAUGGACCCACCGGGGUCCGGCCAGGCUCGGAGGCAGGAGAUGGCCAGGAAGGGAGAAACCGCGGUGGCUUCCAAAUCGUUGAAGAACGAGAUCUUGACGGUAGAAUGCGCCCAGAGUUGACUUUCGGCAACCAAGAUGGUUUGACCCUCGACGAUAUCCCGAGAAUUGUGGCUGCCGAACAAGCCAAAGAGCAAAGACCAAACGCCUUCCGUCAUGCGGGCACUAAUCUUAUCGGACACCGCGGCAACGAACCAAGACUCGUCAACGGUCACCAAAGAGGUACUUCUGGUGGCAAUGACCUACUGGCAGGUGAACCCAGUCCAUUGCGGACCAAGCGGUAUUUCUCUGAACUGACUGCACUUGAGUACUUCAUUGUGCGACAUGUUGCUGUUCUCUCGAUGCAGCCUCUGCUAGAAGGGGAGUACACGCUCGAAGAUUUGCUUGGGCUGAUCGAAACGAGGAAGCAGACUUUCUGGGGUAAAGUCAGCCGUGCACUCCGCAACGAUGGCAAAACCAAGAAAAAGGGUAUAUUCGGCAUCCCUCUGGAGACCCUGGUCGAGCGUGAGGGCGCAGAAUCCACUAAUGGAGUGGGCCCUGGAGCCUUGAGAGUUCCGGCGAUUGUUGACGACUGCGUCUCGGCCAUGAAGCAAAUGGAUAUGUCGGUGGAAGGGGUCUUUCGAAAGAAUGGCAACAUCAAGCGGCUCAAAGAAGCCUCAGAAGCGAUCGAUUCUAAUCAAACACCAGACCUCAACCGGGAGAAUCCUGUCCAAGUGGCUGCCUUACUGAAGAAAUUCCUGCGGGAAAUGCCCGAACCUCUAUUGACAUUCAAACUGCACAAAUUAUGGAUCACUUCACAAAUGAUCGAAGAUGAGGAACGCCGGAGAAGAGUCAUGCAUUUGACAUGCUGCUUGAUGCCAAAGAGCCAUCGCGACACCAUGGAAGUGCUGUUCUCUUUCCUAAAGUGGGCAGCAUCCUUUUCUCAGGUGGAUGAGGAGUCUGGCAGUAAGAUGGACAUACACAAUCUGGCUACGGUGAUGGCUCCCAACAUUUUGUACGCCAAGGAGAAGUCACCAAAUGCCAGACAGCCACAAGUUCCGCAGGUUGACGACAGUUUCCUCGCCAUAGAAGCCGUUAACACUUUGAUCGAGUACAACGACUAUUGCUGUCAGGUUCCAGAAGAUUUACAGUCCAUCUUGACUGAUAGCAGCCUUCACGCUGGGACCGCAGAAAUCACGACCAAGGAAAUCCUAUCAAGAUACGGCCAUAUUGCGAGAGGUCAGGUGCAAAAGCAAACAGUUCAGCCAGCUGAUGCCCCAAUCCGCAGCCCUGCGUCAGCUUCAAGUUCGAUUGGACCUGUGGCAACACGUGUCGAUGUUGACCCUUACCAAGCUACGGCCUGGCAAAAGCAGAGUUCCGUCCGUCCUGUACAAAAUAUCGCUUCAGCCACAUCCGCCCCCAAAAACGACUUCAACUUUAGCGCUCCCAAUAGCCCUUACGCCAGAGACCGAGCUGGUAGCUCCGGAAGCGGAGGAAGCCAUGGAGGUACACCUUCUGGUAGGCACAGCUUCCAGCCUAGGCCAGGUCAGAUGGGCAUUGCAGGUUGACAAGCCAUUUCUCAACAUCGAAAGAGUCUUCAGCAUAUUGCGGCGUUCUUGUCACCUUGUUGGUUUAUGAUGGGGGCAUGGCCCAGACGACCUAAACGGUGUGUCUUGUGUCGCCACGGAGAAAAAGGUGUGACCAUUGAAUGGUCCACCAGUUGGACGAAUUUGACGACACUCAAUCUUUCUUAUGUUCAUGGGGUUUUCCAAGGGCUCACGGAGUUCAUUUUCCGCUGCAUGAGACAGCAAUCGCAGAGCUUCUGCAACCUUUAUUCCCACUUUUUGCUGACGACACUGGGCUCUGUUGUGCACAGUGUGCUUUUGUUUUGCUACCUUAUGCUGCCUGCUCUCAUUGCAGGCACGACGCCGUUGCAUGUUGACAGCAGGCGGAACCAAAAUUCGCAAAUCUUGUUAGAAAUUCAUGGAAGCUGAUCUCGAGCGUUGGGCGCUCCGCUUUCGACAUGGAGCAGAUCGAUGCUGCUUCACUUGGCGACGAGGCAUUCUUGGACAUGGGAGCAGGUGUGGUUGGAUAAUAUGGUCGGGCGAGGAUCGUGUAACGAGGAAAAUUUUUGUUCAUAACGGCCUCACUCCCGUACUGCUCUUUCAGAAGUUGUGGAUGACAAGACAAGGGCGAAAGGAGACAGGUGUGGGACCACUUUUUACUGUUGGAGUCGUUACUCUAUGCUGGAGUCGGGCUGAGUUGAGCGCCUUGCAGGCUGCAUUUCACAUUCGAAAACACCUUCCUAGGUCAACUGAUCAAGCUCAAGGAUAGGUCAAUUACUGGCCGUUGAGUCCAUUCUGUUUGCUACUG